AUGAGCAAGUCAUACUUGUGGCAUCUGCAUCUUGGUCACAUUGGCCAUCGUGGACUCGACGCGAUCGUGAAGCAGAAUCUCGGUGUCGGCAUCGACAUUACAUCUGUGGGCAAGUGGGAGCUUUGCAACGGAUGCGCGCUCGGAAAGCAGACGCGAGUGAGUUUUCAGUCAACUACACGUAAACCAGCCAAGGACCUGCUUGAUGUCGUGCAUUCCGAUGUAUGUGGACCAAUGCAGACUUCGACAUUUUCCAACAAGCGCUAUUUUGUGACGUUCAUCGACGACAAGUCGCGGUUUUGUACUGUGUACCUAAUUCACAGCAAGUUUGAAGUGUUAGACAAAUCCACGCAGUUCACCAAGUUUGCCGAGACUCAGACCGAUCGUCGCAUCAAGAUGCUCCGCAACGAUAACGGUGGAGAAUAUGUGUCCAACAAGUUCGCCGCGUUCUGUCGCAACAAAGGCAUCAUACAGCAAUUUACGCCGCCGUACACCCCACAACUUAACGGAGUGGCGGAGCGAAUGAACAGGACUCUAGUCGAGAUUGCUAGAUGCAUGAUUGAGCAUGCGGGACUAAGCAAGCGCUACUGGGGCGAAGCAGUGUCAACGGCAGCGCUCCUACGCAAUCGAUGUCCAACGCAAGCAAUUGGCCAUGAAAAGUGCCCGCACGAGGUAUGGACGAAGACGAAGCCGUUGUUGAAAAACCUGAAAGUCUUUGGAUGUCACGCAUAUGUGCAUGUGCCGAAAUAG